ACUCCAACGCAUCCAUCCAACUUUUCUCUCCAUCGCUCCCUCUUCCCAUCUCGCUCAUGUUUAAACAAUGAACCACCCCACUGCUCCCCCAGCACGGCCCCACUCGGCACACGCAUACAUGGCUGUCCCAUCUAGCCUCUUCCGCACCUCCUCCGGUCGUUCCAACAGUGCCCGCCCCCCUCCGCGCAGCGCUGCACGCGGCAGCGUAUCCUCCACCUCCAUCCGACACACUGAGUGGGAGGACGCGUGGGACUCAUCCUCAGACCGCGAUGACGACGAUGAGCCCACCUCCUCAGCCCACGCCGCGCCCAUACCCAUACGCGCUGUGAGGAUCUCUCCACCACCGGGCUCGGGCUCGGGCGGCAACUCGGGUUCCAUCUCCACUUCCUGGGUCAGCGCGAGCUACCACCCUACGCCCGUGAAAGCGACGCCGCCAGUAAGCGCACCCGCGACGCGCGUGCUGGUAGAGGAUUAUGGCGCACCCGAAGCCAAGCUUGGCGCUUGGGAGUUGGUUGAGCCCGCAGAGGCGUUGGAAGAGGGGGCAUGCGCCGGAAGGGAAGCACUGCGCUCCGACUGCGAAGAUGUCCUCCGCGACCCCAUGCAGCUCCUCGCUGGACUGACGCUCUCGUCGGCGCCGGCCUCGCCAUUGGCCUCCCCGAGUGUCGGAAGCAGAGCGCCAUCCGGACGCGCAUCGCCGCGCCCAGGCAGCGGUAUCAGCGUUUCGCGCCAGCGCUCGGUGCGCACCGAGCGGAGGCGGGAAAAGUUCGUCAAGAUCCUCUCGUGCGAUACCGGUAACUCGGUGGACAUUGGCGCGCUAAAGCGCUUGGCAUGGAGCGGCGUCCCGGAAGAAGUGCGCCCGGUUGUGUGGCAGCUCUUGCUCAACUAUCUACCUCUCCCAGUCGCGCCGCGGCUAGCAACUCUCACGCGCAAACGGAAAGAGUACGCUUCGCUCGUGGAGCAGUACUUUGGGCGUGGGCUGGCGUCUCUCGACCAGCAGAUCUGGCACCAGAUCGAGAUAGACGUGCCGCGCACUCGGCCCGGCGCGCCCCUCUGGUCCUGCACGGAGACACAGCGCGCCCUCGAGCGAAUCCUGUAUGUCUGGGCGAUCCGGCACCCGGCGAGUGGCUACGUGCAGGGCAUCAACGACCUCGCGACGCCGUUUUUCGAGGUCUUCCUCAGCGCAUAUGUCACAGUCGACCCAGAACGCUUCGACGUCUCGCAUCUACCGCCCGACGUCCUGGCCGCCGUCGAGGCCGACUCAUUCUGGUGUCUCACAAAGCUGCUCGACGGGAUCCAGGACCACUAUAUCUCGCAGCAGCCAGGGAUCCAGCGUCUCGUCAAGCGCAUGGGCGAGCUCGUCAAGCGGAUCGACGCCCCGCUCGCCGCGCACUUCGAGGACCAGGGCGUCGAGUACAUGCAGUUCGCGUUCCGGUGGAUGAACUGCCUCCUCAUGCGCGAGAUCAGCGUCAAGUGUACUGUCCGGAUGUGGGACAGUUACCUGUCCGAGGGCGCCGAUGCCUUCUCCCAGUUCCACCUGUAUGUGUGCUGCGCACUCCUCGUCAAGUUCAGCGACCGGCUGCGCGACAUGGACUUCCAGGAGAUGAUCAUCUUCCUACAGCGCCUGCCGACGACAGGGUGGGGCGACAACGAGAUAGAGCUGCUGCUCUCCGAGGCGUUCGUGCUCAAGAGCGUGUGGCAGGGUGCCGACAACCACUUUGCCAACCUGCCCAUGCGUGAAGGGCUGCCGAACAUGAUGGGGCGAUAACAGCGUGCAAGCACAGUUGGGGGAUGGGCGCCUGGGGCAGUAAUUUAGCAUCGCAUAAUCAUUGUACGAGACGCAUCGGUCGAGCACGGGCUUCAGCGAGGAUGGCGAACUGAUCUGCGGGCUGAUGGGAUUGACAGGGCGGGUAUCUCGUACACGCCACUCUGGGCUUUACAUGUAUGCUAGAAGAGAAUCUAC